UCUACCCACGAAGCCCGCAGCAUUAGCGACGCCUUCGAGUCCGCGGCGGGCACGAUGCAGCUCCUGGUGAGGGUGCCCUCUCUUCCGGAGCGGGGCGAGCUGGACUGCAACAUCUGCUACCAACCCUUCAACCUCGGAGGCCGAGCGCCCCGCCGCCUGCCCGGGACAGCGCGUGCCCGCUGCGGCCACACACUCUGCACCGCCUGUCUGCGCGAGCUGGCGGCGCGCAGCGACGGCGGCGGGGCGGCCGCGCGCGUGGUGCGCCUGCGCCGCGUUGUCACGUGCCCCUUCUGCCGCGCGCCCUCCCCACUCCCGCGCGGUGGCGUCGUGGAGAUCGCUGUGGACCCGGGCUUGUGGUCGCGAUUGGAGGAAAAAGCGCGGGCCGAGUGCAAACGAGAUGAGGCGGGGAGCCUGGCCAAGGAAAACGGCGACGCUGACGGAGAGGAGGACGAGGAUGGGGCGAACAAGGGAGCGGGGCCUAGGAGCGCGGGGUGGCGUGCACUUCGGCGGCUCUGGUACAGGGUCCUGGUGCCCGCGCGCCGCUGGCGGCGUCCGCUGCCUUGCAACGUACUCUACUGUCCCGAGAUCAAGGACAUUGCCCAUAUGACCCGGUGCACGCUGUAAUCGGGGAACCCGGAAGCUAAGGCCAAAGGAAGGUGGGAGCUGCAGCUUCGAGGCGUGCUUUAGUACUGGGGGCUGAUGUCAAGAAUACCGCCUCUGAGAGCCUGGGAUUGUCGCUUGAUCGGGAGAUGAGCUGAGAGCUGGAGGGAACGCCCCGGGAGGUGUUGAUGCUGAGCAGGGGAGGCUCCUAGACGAACUCGCCCCCAUCUACUAACUGUGCCAGCCUUACAUUUUCAGGAUGGAGUGGCCAAGGGAUGAUAUAAACAAAGCCUACGUUACCGUGGGAAGCAGACAGACUGUUUUCUUAGCUGACUUUGGCUUUUGUCCAGGGUGGUUCUGGUGUGGGAGCAACAGGUCCCAUUUU